AUGUCUUUACAUGCCCAGAAACACCAGGGGAGGGAGGAGACACACAAACAAAAAAAAACACACACUCAAAAAAGAAACUAGAAAAACCGGAGAGCAUGAAAGAUUGUGUGAUAGAGGAAGGUGUGAGAAGAGCGUGAGAAAGGAAAAGAGACUUUCUUUCUGAAGCUGCGUUUGGGGAUUAUGCAGAACUGGGACAGAAACUAAGAGGAGGGAAGACUGUAGAUGUAGUUGGAAGACGGGGGACGACUCAGGCAGGGAAGGGAUUUUUGACAGAACGGCUCCACCAUCGCCGGGAGAGGCAUGAUGAACCGUGGUAAUCAUGCAUCCUCUUCCUCGCUUCACUGCUUCAAGAUCAAGAUCGACAAAGACAUCAAGUCGAGUGAAGGAAGUGAUGAGUUGGAGGACGUGACCUUCCUCUGACUGAUUCCUAAACCUCUGCAGGGGAAGGACAGCAACUGAUACUAAUCGCCUGAUGCAACACUGUCAGGAACAGCCAGUGUGAUAAAAUACCCAGGCUGUGACCAGAGCUGUGACGAGGCAGAGCCAGCAGUCUCCAGCUGCAGCUCAACUGGACAGUCAAAGUAAGACCGGUGAGGAAGCAUGGGAAGUGGAGUUCAGAGCAGCGAGUCUUCUCCAGCAUGUCAGGCCAUCGGGAGCAAAUGAGCAGCGGCAGCUUUGACGGCAGCUCCAGCUUACUCCAGGGCCGGCGUUUCUAUUGCCGGAAAUGGGCCCUGGAGAAGCUGCGGCACUGCCUGGACACCCGCUCUGUGCCGGGACAACCACCAGGGCUGCUGGUGAUGGGGGGCCCUGGCGCUGGAAAGACUGCCCUCUGCACUGAGGUGGUGUGGCCCACCUCGAAGGCAGGGCUGGCGGCCGGCCUGGCACCACGCUGCCUGGCGUCCCACUUCUGCCAAAGGGAGGACCAGAGGAGCACGGUGCUGUGGAGGUUUGUCCUGGGCUUGGUGGAGCAGCUGAGGGCCUCACCUCUCCUCUCACCUGGGUACAGAAAGGUCCUCGACAGCCCAUCUGUAUCUUCUGCUCUGGAGCCUGUCACCUGUCAGAAAGACCCUGAUGAUACCUUCAAGAGAGCGGUGUUGAGACCCCUGUUAGACCUCCCUCCCCCUGCCCAGACUCUGAUGCUGGUGGUAGACUCCCUGGAUGUAGGAUAUGGACCGGCUACAGGAAGUGGGAAUAGUGGCUCCAUCACAGAGCUGCUGGCCACCAAUCAACACCUCCUGCCUGGGUGGCUGCUGCUGGUCUGCUCCGUCCGCCGCCACAACAAGGCUGUGUGCAAGAUCUUCUCAGGUUUCCGUAAGCUUUGUCUGGAUGAUCUUCGGAAGCCCCCGCCAGUCCACGAUGUGCAGCAGUACAUCCUCUGCCGGUUGGAUGAAGAAGCAGCGCUUCGCCGUCAGCUCACCCCUGACACAGCUGACAUGCUGAAUUUACUUCACAUCAAGAGCGGCGGUUGCUUUCUCUUCCUCGAGCGUGUUCUAGAUGGUGUCGCAGUCGCACUGGUGGGUCUGCGGGAGAUCCGCGACAUCCCUGGGACGCUCAAUGGCCUCUAUCUGUGGUUGUGCCAAAGGCUGUUUCCCCGGGGGCUUUUCAUGUACGUCAAGCCUCUCCUUAAUGUGCUCUUAGCUUCCCCGAGGCCCCUCACGCCCCAGCAGCUGUUCACAGCAGUUUGGACUCAUGACACCUCACUCAGCCUCCAGGAUUUUCGGAACAAGCUCCACACCCUCUCUCCUCUCUUAAUUGAUGGCCCUGGAGGGACCAAACUACUUUUUCAUGCCAGCUUUGCUGAGUGGCUGACAGAUGUUAAGUAUUGCACACAGAAAUACCUGUGUAGCAGGACAGAAGGUCACAGUAUGCACGCUAUGGCUUUGACUCUGCAGGGAAAACACUUGGACAUUGAGGACACUUGCCAGUUAGCCACACAUUUAGUUUGCUCUGGUCACCAUAAAGACAACCCUUCAUUAUUGGCACUGUGGAUGAUAUGGGCCGGUGUGCCUGCUCUUACUCCGAGCUACAGCAGUGCCCUCACUGCAUCCUCACGUCAGCCUCCUGUUUUGGUCAGUCAGGAAGUUCUUCAGCUGUUAAUGAGGACUGGGCUCAUCCCUACUGCCUGCUUUUCAGAUGCACAGCCAAGUGUCCGAGUACAAUGUAUAGGUGAAGACGAAACUACUUUACGACAAACUUUUGAAAGAGAGGUGUCUGUAAAAAAGCUGAUAGACAGUGGGGUGUCGAUAAACCAGUUAUGUUCUACAGAUGGACAGACAUUGCUUGCCAGUGCAGCCCAUGAGGGCUCUGUAGAUGUUUUUGAACUUCUCCUGAAACAUGGAUUUGAUCCACUGAUCAGGGAUCAUCAAGGUCAGACACCACUAAAUUUGGCUUCCAGGCAGGGUCAUGUCAAAGUGUUGACUGUGCUCCUGGAAUGGGCCAAGAGACAGCAUCCAGAAACUGCAGCACAGAUGAUGGAGCAUGUUGACAACGAAGGCUGGACAGCACUGCGCUCUGCAGCGUGGGGAGGACAUAGCGAGGCUGUUCGCCUUCUUCUAGAUGCAGGAGCUGAUGUGGAUGGAUGUGAUGCUGAAGGCCGGACUGCACUCAGAGCUGCUGCAUGGGGUGGUCAUGAGGAAAUUGUUCUGGCCCUGUUGGACUAUGGGGCACAGGUUGACAAAGCUGACAGCAAGGGCCGCACACCGCUUAUUGCUGCUGCCUAUAUGGGACAUCAUGAAGCUGUGGAGAUAUUGCUUGACCGCAAUGCAGAGGUUGACUUAGCUGAUGGAGAUGGGCGAACCGCUCUGUCAGUCACUGCCCUCUGUGUCCCGACCGCAGCAGGGAUAAAAAGUUAUGGUGAGGUAGCAAGUCUGUUACUGGAACGUGGAGCUGAUCCAGGACACAGAGACCAUGAUGGCAUGACACCACUGCUUCUUGCAGCCUAUGAGGGUCAUGAAGAGGUAGUUGAACUUUUAUUAGAAGCUGGCGCUGAUGUAGAUGAGACUGCCGGUCCUGAUGGCAAUGUCCCUGCUGCAGCCGCUGUUACUCCCCUACUGGCAGCUGCAGCAAUGGGCCACAUGAAAACAGUAUCUCGUCUGCUUUUUUGGGGAGCAGCUGUGGAUGCCAUUGAUUGUGAAGGCAGGACGGCACUCUGCCUAGCAGCAGCAAGAGGCAGCACUGAGGUUGUCCGUGCACUGCUGGACCGAGGACUCGACGAGAACCAUAAGGAUGACCUCGGCUGGACUCCACUGCACGCUGCCGCUUGUGAAGGCCAUCGGGCUGUUUGUGCUGCUUUGACAGAGCGAGGCAGCAUGGCACGUGUCGGAGAGAUGGACAUUGAAGGACGUACCCCUCUUAUACUAGCUGCACAAGAAGGUCACUUGAGCACUGUGAGGCUGUUGUUGGACAGGCGGUCUCCCAUUGACCACAGGGCCUAUGAUGGACAUUCUGCCUUGAGUGCCACCCUCCUGGAGGGCCAUGCUGAGGUGGCAGAGCUGCUUAUGAGGCGAGGAGCUGAUACAGAUGUCCGGGAUGCAGAGGGCAGGCCGCUGCUCUACCUACUGGUCCUAGAGGGUCGCCUUGAGAUGGCUACUCUACUAAUGGAGAAAGGAGGGGUGCCCCUAGAGUCCCGAGACUCUGAGGGCCGUACAGCGCUUCAUGUGGCUUCCUGGCAGGGAUGUGUAGAGAUGGUAGACUUACUUCUAAAGCAUGGGUCAAACCCUAAUGCACAGGACACAGAAGGGAGACCUCCCAUGCAUUCAGUGGCUUGGACAGGACAUGCUGAAGUGGGACGCCGUCUCCUAGAUGCCAGGUGUGUCAACAUUGACCUUUCCUGCAACCAGGGGGCAACAUCUCUGAGCAUUGCAGCCCAGGAGGGACAUGCUAAUAUUGUUGCAAUGCUUCUGGAAAGAGCUGCAAAUCCCGAUCACAUGGACAAAUAUGGCCGGAGUCCAGUCAAAGUGGCUGGGAAACAUGGGCACUUUAACAUUGUCAGGCUUUUGGAGCGCUAUGGAGCCAAGCCAUACCUAGGCCCGUCGCUUAACUCUAGUACCACCUCCCCUGCAAAACCCAACAGGAUCCUCUCCUCAGGAAUCUCUGAGAGUAAUGGAGCUGCCACCUCUUCCUCUUCCAUAUCUUCUCCUGCCUCCACUGCAGAACGAUUCCAUUCCAUGCAGAGUUCCCAAACUUCAUCUACCUGCCAUUCAUUGUCCACAGUGCAGACGGUGCCAGCUGACAGCCUCAGCUUUAUUCAACAGAUCCAGCAACACUCCCUGCCUCGCAGUCGUAGCCGUCACUCCACCCUCCCUCCACCAGGCAGCCUCCAAGGAAGCAUCCAGAGAAAUCCCAAAGGCAGUCCCCCUCCCACUGUUUGCACAGUUACUGCCAUGGUGCACAACUGCAAAUUGCCCCAGAAAGGCUUGUCGCCUGGACUUGAAUAUGACAAAAUGAACAAACAAAAUUCUCACUUAAUAAAUACAGACAGGACUACUUACGCUGGUGGUAAAUGGAAUUCAGUCAUGGCUUCCCUUGGGAUAAUGCCAGGGCAAGACAGUCCUGCCAUAGGUGCUAAAAACCGAGGGAGCCCUCCUCUGGGCUACCCAUAUAAAUUGCAGAGCCCACUUCAAGGAGAAGCUUGGGAUUCUGUACCCCAGAAAAACAUUUUGUCUCCUGCUUGCUACAGUUUUACUCCAGACUUAUCCUGUAGUGCCUUGCCAGAGGAUGUUAUGGUUACAAUGACUACCACUGACCCACAGCUUAAUCUGAAACAGGCCAUCAAAUUGCAGUUUGAAGGUCCCACCAGUGCAGUCUUAUACAAAAGAGAGACACCCCUGUGACUGGUGCUCAACUAAGAGACUCAAAUUCCUCAUUGGUUUGGAUGAAUGCUGAAAGUUUAUUGAUGGUAAAUUUAGUAAUUGAGACUCAUUUGUCAAACUAAAUUGCCAAAUAGUGUCUGGUCAUAGCAACUAAAAUCUGAUUUUGUUUUCUGUGUUUGAUAUUGUUUGGGUUUCAUCAUUUCAUUAUUUAAAAAUAUUUUAUAAAGAAUAAUCAAUACUUGCAGCCCCAGUGUGGGUAUUUAUAGAUUAUUUUGUGGUAUCAAAACCGUCCAGAAACAAUUUUGUGAUGACGCCAGCACCGACUGCCAUUAACAUAUUAAUGUUCUAACCCAUGUGUGCUCAGAAAUCAGUACUCGAUACUCACAGGUCAACCACACCCAUCUUGAAACAUGGCCUUCAUUUUGACUUGGCCUUCAUUUGAUUCAUUUGCCAUAGUGACACACACUCACUUAGAAGGUUAAAACAGUACCUGCUGUUCUGUCGCGGCUGGUAAACAGUCGCUGGUGCUACACAUUCAGAGCAUUAACGACGACCCCAUUGUUCUCGCAGGAGUUUGGAAUUUCUGCUGUUCAAGGAAAAGACAGUUCUCAACAUGUACAAUGACUUCCUGGGUUCAGAAAACUAGAGGAAGAAUGAACUGAAUGACAUCAAUUCUUACUUUCCAACCUUUCCGGUGACUGUGUGUUGAGCAGGGCUCUCGCAUUCAAUAUUCACAUAAUGCAUAACUUUGCUCAUUUUUAACUUGGACCUUAUUUUCUAGUUGAACUCACCAGUAGCAGUUUGAAGAGAAGGUUUUUAGUAUUUACUCAAUUUAGCCUCUUGACAGAGUCUGGAGUCAUACAUAGGUUAACAAGACUUUAUCAGCUCUACAGUGAAUAACACGUCUGGAUUGGCUUUAUGUUUUAAAUUAUUUUCUGCUGGUAAAGAUCCUUUUUGAAGCUGUAAACAUCCUUGUUUGAGAGCUUUAAGCUGAAGUUUCUUAUAUUUGCUAUAAACAUCCCCCUUAAGUCCAUUUCUGACGAGUAAAAACAGUUUUCAAGAGCAGGCCUGACAAAGUGUGUGGUUUAUGAUUCAAACCUUAAAAGACGGCCAAGUUAACUGCACCAGCUUUGCUCGUUGUGUGUGUGUGUGUGUGAGCAGGAAGGAACAUUGAAACCAGUCCACAGAAACUGAGGGUGGGUGUGGGAGCCAUGGAUUUAAUUCCAAACUUUCAAACAUUACUUGUUAAUAAUUUUUCAUUGAUUUUUUUAUUUUUAUUUAAUGACAUACAUUAAUUAAAGUGGCAAACGUCUGCCAUAAAAAGUGUCUACCUCUU